AUGCCCGCUCGAUUCCGAGGAUCCGAUUGCCGCUCGCUCGCAUCCUCCUGCAAAGCUCCCGAAUUGCUGCGCCUGCCACCUCGCUCCUCUCCACCAUGCUCAUCGACCUCUUCCGGACUCACCGCAGCGCACUUGCAUGACAAUCCGUCGUCGAGCUCCGGUUCCGGUUCCGUUAUCCGCAGCCGCCGCGUCCAUCCCAGCGCUCGCUGCCUCCACCAGCAUUCCCUCGACCAGGCUCCAUACCAUCCCAGCACCGAUAACGAGCGUCCACUGCUAGGGCCUAGGCGUCCCUACACGGAGAACUUCUUGCGCUCCGCUCCUCCCACUCUCUCCAUCCAGCCUGCUCCUUCUCUCCGACCCUCCGGUCUGGUCGCGCAGUCCCACUUCAGCCCAGUCCGCAUUGCUCGACCCUUCUGA